UACAGCCUCGCUUUUCUGUGAGGUUUCUAAGCCUGGAGUCUCUGUUCAGUGGAAGAAGAACAAUGUGCCUCUGAGAGCCAAUAAGAAGUAUGAGAUGAAGCAGGAAGGCUGCUUUCUACAGCUUAACAUCAAGGAGAUCAAACCGGAGGACAGUGGCUGCUACACUUGCCAAACAGGAGAAGCAGAGACUAGUGCCACUGUCUCAGUAAAAGAACUUCCCCCAUUUUUCAAGGAGAAUUUGAAAAAUGUCACCAUUGAGGAGGGAGGGACAGCAUCCCUUUGCUGUGAGGUAUCCAAGCCUGGGCUAUCAAUAGAGUGGAAGAAGAACAGGCUGCCACUGAGAGCAAACAGGAAGUAUGAGAUGAAGCAUGAUGGCUGCUUCCUCCAACUUUACAUCAAGGAUCUCACACCUGAGGAUAGUGGUACCUACUCAUGUCAAGCUGGAGCUGCAGAGGCUACAGCAACUGUGACUGUGAAAGAACUUCCUCCCUUCUUCAAGAAAGAGCUAGUAUGCAUGGAGGCUGACGAAGGUGGAGCAGCGUCUUUAUGCUGCGAAGUGUCUAAACCUGGAGCGUCUGUGCAAUGGAAGAAAAACAAGAUGCCACUCAGAGCCAGUAAGAAGUAUGAGAUGAAACGAGAAGGUUCCAUCCUUUAUCUACAUAUCAAAGACCUGAAACCUGAGGACAGCGGCAGCUACUCGUGUCAAGCAGGGAAUGCAGAGACAACUGCAACAUUAUCUGUGAAAGAAUGUCCUGUGUACUUUAUCAAGGAGUUACAAAAUAUGAAUGCUGAGGUAGGAGACAUGAUCUCAUUGUGCUGUGAACUUUCCAAACCUGGAGUUUCAGUGCUGUGGAAGAAAAACAAGCUGCCACUGAGAGCCAGCAUGAAGCAUGAGAUGAAACAAAAUGGUCGACUCUAUCAGCUUGACAUCAAAGAUCUCAAACUUGAGGACGGUGGCAGCUACACAUGCCAAGCAGGGAGCGGAGAAAGCACUGCAAAUGUGGCAGUUAAAGAACUUGCUUCAUUGUUCAUCAAAGAAUUACAAAGUGUAGAGGCAGAGGUUGGCAGUGCAGCCUCAUUGUCCUGUGAGUUAUCCAAACCUGGAGUGGCUUUUCUGUGGAAGAAGGAUAAUCUGCCUCUGAGAGCCGGCGAGAAGUAUGAGAUGAAACAAGACGGCUGUUUCCUGCAGCUUAACAUCAGGAAGAUCAGUUCAGAGGACAGUGGUAGCUACUCAUGUCACGCCGGAAAUGCAGAAACGUCUGCAACAGUACAAAUAAAAGCACCAACACCUCCAUCAGAGGAAAAGUCUAGAACAGCAUCGGCGCAGAUGAAAAGUACGAUCCCUAAACCAGCUCCCGCUUCAGAAAAUGAAAAGCCCAAGCUUCCAGAUCCCAACCAGAUUCCCCCAGAGCCCAAGAAGAGGACAAAUCGGAAAGCAUCUAUUACUUCUGUCGAAAAAGACACAGAGCAAGUUUUUGCCAUAAAGGUGUCUGUGCAGAAUGUGAAUAAUGAAGUCCAAGAGGGUGUUCAACAUAAAAGAUCUCCAGUAGAAAACUUGGAUGUUGCUCAGAAUGGAACAAAAGUGGAGAGGAGUGAAGACAAAGGGAGUGAAGUGCACAAGAAAGAGGUUAAGAUAGUUCAGCUACCAGAGAAGGAUUAUAAGGCUGGUAGGAGGAUUGAAAAGCCAGCUUCACCUCUGGGUACCGAAAAUGAUCUUAUGGAAAAGAGACAACCAGAAGGGAAUGUAGGAAAAUUUGUUAAAGUCAUCCCUCCAGUAAAUCAGUCAGAAAGGCUUGUGGGUAACAAAGUGGUUGAACUGAAAGAGACAGAAAAGGGAUGUGAAACUGAAAAGGGGUUAAAACAACAAGAAAACACUUCAGAAGAAGCAAAUGAAGUUAAACAGAAAAUAGCUCAAAAACCAACAACAAUUUGGAGAAACAGUCAGGAUGAAAAACAUGUACAAGAGCAGCUUAAUGGGAAAGAAAUAAAAACAGAUGUCAAACCUUCAAAAAUCAAAGGUGAAGUAGGAAAGACAGAAGAGGAGACUUUGAAACCACCAGUAAGAUCUAAGGCAAAGGUAGCAUAUGGAGAGCAAUCACUCAAGUCUAUUAUGAAUCAAACAGAGGAAACAAUUCCUCAACUAAUCAAGACUUUCCUUAAAGAUUUUGAAGAUCAUAAAGAGAGACAAAAUGGGCAAGAGUUCACAGAGAAGGUAUUGACACAAACGCCCAGAGCAAACCAGCAAUCAAUAGAAGAGCCAGAAAAGGCAGAUGAAAUCCUUCAAUUUGCACCUCCGAAGCCACCUGAGAGGAGAAAGAGUAAGAUAAAAAUAGGAAUGGAAAUACAUGAGUCACGGGACACAGAGACAGAUCAAGAUGAUGUACAGCCUAAAAGUGUUGGAGUAAAGUCCCCUGAGGAGAAGACAGACAAACAACUAAAAAAGCCUUUGAAGAAAGACGUUGAAGAAAUUUUAAAGUUAGAAGGAAGUAAGUCUAUCACAACUGAUAGUGAAGCAGAAGAUAAACUUAAGCAACCAGUAAAACAACCAGUAAAACCAAUUAAGAAAGAACCUGAAAUUAAACUGGCUGUUGAGCCAAUAAGAAGAGUGGAGGAAACACAAUCGACUAAAAUGGAAGACGACAUUGCUCUGCUCUACAUUUCUGAAGAAGAAACUUUCUCAGAGGCCUUAACUGAGCUCCCUCCUAACCACUUCCAACCUGCUGUUCCCGAGAGACAAACAGGACAGCAACUUAUCCAGGAGAUCCAGCCACCAGAACCGUCUCCUCUGGAGACUGACAUCAACAUAGAGGAUGAACCCGAAAUGCAAGAAGCUGCCAUUAAGAUCCAGGCAGCAUUCAAAGGCUACAAAGCUCGCAAGGACAUGCGACCGGUCUUUAAGGAGGUAUUCAAGAACCAGAAUGCAGAUCUUCAUGGUACACUUACAUUAAAGUGUGCUGUGGAUGGAAGACCCAGCACUGUGCGCUGGUUGAAAAAUGGCCACCAUGUUAUAAAUGAUCCUCGAUGCCGGGUUGAAACAACAGAAAACGGAGAAUGCACACUCGUGGUUAAAAACUUGAACAGCAGCGACAGCGGAGUUUAUACCUGUGAGGUGGCAAAUAAGUUUGGUGUGACCUCCUACAAUGGAAACAUAACCGUAGUGAAGACUGUGCAACCUGUUCCUGCAGUCCAGAAGCCUGUACACCCACCACUAGCGGCCAUAACUCCUUUGCAGCUUGCUCCACAGAAGCCUGACACCCAGGACGUGACACAGACUCAAAGCCUGACUCAGAGUCAAGCAGAGCUAGCUCCAAUUGCAGAUGCUGAAAAUUAUGUAGAAAGUGUGAAUGUUUCCCUGUGGGAUGCCUACAUCUUGACAGAACAGAACAAUCAAACACUCCUGGAAGAGAGAAGAUCUUCACUCAUUGCUGUCAGCUCCUUGUCAAGUCCCUCAGAGUAUGACACAGCUCCAGAUAUAAUGGAGCCUGUUGAGACUAUUCCAGUGGCACCAAGGGAAGUACCAAAACCUGCUGACACAAUGCAGCCAAAGGAUAAUAACGAAGAAACAGCUGCUCCGAAACCUCCUAUGAAACUGCUGAAUGUUAAAGGAACUCAUGAUAUUAAGCUAAGAACAGCAUCUCCAAAGCACCAUCGAUCCCACACGCCUUUAACAAGUACUGUGUCUGGAUCUGAGUCAGAGGGUGAAGAGGACAGACGAGAGAUAUUUGAAAUAUAUGUAGCUCGUGCCGACUGCAGUCCUAAUAUUGGAAGUAAGGACAGUUUUAUUCUGAAAGAGGGUCAGUUUGUGGAGGUCCUGGACUCUGUUCAUCCUGACAGAUGGUUGGUGAGGACCAAACCAACCAAAACCAACCCUUCUCGGCAGGGAUGGCUGUGUCCUGCCUAUCUGGAAAAGAAGAGAAAAGAAACCUUCCCACAAAGGAGAGUUGCUCAGGAAGAUCUCGAUGGAAUUGGGUCUACAGGGGAAGAGUACAGGAGAGAACUGAGUCAGCUGAUCCAAGGCUUGAUUGAUGGAGAAGAGGAGUUUGUAAAGGCAAUGAAGAUGUUUAUCACUCACCAGCUCAACCAUCUGGACUGUAGCCACCAUGUCCCCAUUAACAUCCUCAAUCAGAAAGAAAUCAUCUUCAGGAACAUCAAAGACAUUGUCGGUUUACAUGAACGUUCCAUCCUCCCUGGCCUGAGGGGCUGCGUUACAGAUGAUGAUGUUGCCAUGUAUUUAAUCAAGCACGCUGAACAUUUUGAAAAGUACCUUCACUACAUGGUGGGGCAAGCACAAGCGGAGGCCUGCGUCAGUGACAAGGCUGUUCAGCAAUACUUCAAAGAGAUAGCAGCACCUGAGAAGCCUGGUGAUGUCCCUAUUAUGGAUGUCCUUACUUUCCUGCAGCAACCAGUAGAGAGGAUUCAAACCUACCAGGCUUUACUGAAGGAGCUGAUCAAGAACAAAGCAAAGAGUGGCCAGAGCUGCUACCUUUUGGAGGACGCCUUCUCCGUGGUGUCCUGUUUGCCCUGGAGAUCAGACAACCUGCAUCGAGUAUCACUGAUUGAAAACUAUCCAGCUCCUCUUACUGCUCUGGGUGAGCCUGUACGACAGGGAGUCUUCACAGUGUGGGAGGAAUCUCCAGAAGUGAAAACAACCUCUAGAGGGCAUCAGAGACAAGUGUUUCUCUUUAAGGAAUGCAUUGUACUGUGUAGGGUGAAGAGAGAUGGCAGCAUGAAUCAAGACACUUACAGCUUUAAGAACAAAAUGAAGCUGAAUGAUGUGGAAAUAAAGGAAACAGUGGCAGGAGAAGACAGGUCCUGGGGUUUGUGGCAUGAGCACAGAGGCUCUAUACGGCGUUACACUUUGCAGAGCAACUCCACUCUGGUUAAGCUGUCCUGGCUGAAAGAUCUGAAGGAGCUGCAGCAACGCUCCAGCCUCAGCAAUAACUGCCCUCCAGUGUUUGAGUCUCUGCUUUGUGAUUGCUCAACACAAAUUGGACAGACAAUCAAACUGACCUGCAGAGUAUUGGGAUUUCCAAAACCAGUGGUCAGCUGGAUCAAAGAUGGUCUUCCUUUGGAGGAUGACCCACGGCACAUCAUCUCAGCUGACCGGUCAGGAACAUGCAGUCUUGUCCUGGACUGCCUUACAGCAGAGGACUCUGGUCAGUACAUGUGCUAUGCAACCAGCUCUGUGGGAAAUGCUGGCACUCUGGCUAAGGUGGUGGUGCAAGCUCCACCCAGAUUUGUGAGCCGACUAGAAAGUGUGUGUCUGAUUGACGGAGAGGAGAUCCAGUUUUCAUGUUCCACUCUCACAACCCCUUUACCAAGAAUCAGGUGGUUGAAAGAUGACAAGGAGCUGACUGACAGCAAUAAAUACUCCAUUGUGAACGACGCCCGAAGUGGAAUCUUGUCUCUCACAGUUAUCGGAGCAACAGAGGCAGAUAUCGGACAGUAUGAGUGUGAGCUUUGGAAUGAACUCGGCUGUGUCAAAUGCAAAGCAGGUCUUUGUCCUGCCUUUGUACCGCCAGCUGAAAGUGAGAGUGACCAAUCAAAGGACUUACCUGUCAAAGAAGCUGACUCAGAGGCCUGGUCCACUGCCAUUGUUAAGAAAUGGCUGCAGACUGAUUUCAGCCCUUCUUCUAUUGCAAAUACACAAUUUCCCCCUGGAUCUUCUGAGCAAUACAGCACUGUUGUGGAUGUUCACCCAUCUCCAGUACAGCAAUCUUCAUGUUAUCUGGAAGAAGAAGAAGAAGAAGAGAUCUAUAUUUCAGAGGCUUUGCACGAAAUAACAGAUGCUCCUCCUUCGGUCCAGGUUCCUGCUGAGGAUCUGUGUGUCGAACCUGGGCAACCAGCAACAUUCAUGGCCAUCAUCACAGGAAGACCCACACCUAAAGUACAGUGGUACAAGGAUAGGGAGCCCCUUGCAGCCAGUGAGAAUGUGAAAAUAGUCCAACAUGGUGCUCGCUGCAGCCUAACCAUAUUGUGCCCUGAAGGAGAGGACAGUGGCAUAUAUACCUGCUUCGCUCACAACGACUCAGGCCAAGCCUCCUGUGAAGCUCAGCUAGCGGUUGAGGAAGGUCUGCUUGAUCCUCAGGAGAGGGAAGUGGAGCUGGGGAAGAGAAGGAGAUUAUUCUCAGUCUAUGAUGUCCAUGAGGAAAUUGGAAGAGGGACAUUUGGGGUGGUGAAGCGUGUCAUCCACAGAAGAACAGGGGAAGUGUUUUCUGCCAAAUUUCUGCCUCUUCGGAGCAGCUCUCGGACCAGGGCCUUCCAGGAGAGGGAUCUUCUGUCUCGCCUCGCUCACCCCAGAGUGGCCUGCUUGCUGGACUUCUUUUGCACCAGACGCACCCUGGUGUUAAUCACAGAAAUCUGCUGUUCUCAUGGACUUCUGGACCAUUUAUUGAUGAGAGGAUCUGUCUCAGAAAAAGAGGUUCAAUUUUAUGUCCAGCAAAUUCUAGAAGGGGUUUGUCAUAUUCACAGCAUGAACAUCAUGCACCUGGAUAUCAAACCUGAAAAUAUAUUAAUGGUGUACCCGCCCAAAGACGAGAUCAAGAUCUGUGAUUUUGGCUUCUGCCAGGAAAUAGACACAUCCCGACACCAGUACAGUGUGUUGGGUACCCCAGAGUUUGUUGCACCUGAGAUUGUACAUCAAGAACCUGUCACUGUGGCCACGGAUAUUUGGGCUGUCGGUGUCAUAACAUUUCUGUGUCUGGUUUGCCGGUGCCCCUUUGUGGGCGAGACUGACCGUGCAACAUUGCUCAGGGUGGGAGAGGCAACUUUAAACUGGGACGCCCCAGACAUCGUAUGCAGGAGCCCAGAAGCCAGGAAUUUUCUCCAUACAGUCCUUCAGCCGGAUCCAGAGACUCGACCAUCUACCUUUGAGUGCUUGAGUCACGAGUGGCUUCAGGAUGGAAAUGCAGGGGAGGACACUGAUGAAAUCAACACGAGGAGUUUGAAAGACUUCAUAUCUAAAAGGAAGUGGCAGCGUUCUUUGACAUCUAUCGGGUCUGUGCUCACUCUGAGGCCCAUCCCCGAGCUGCUCGAUGCUCCUCUUAGAGAGACGUCGGUUGCGGUGCCCCGCGAGCCGCAGGAGCACAGCAGCACCUCCCUGAGCAGCGGCUCCUCAUCGGAGUAUGAUGAGGCCGACUCUUGGGACUUUUUCCAGCACUGCAGCCAGACAGAGGAGGAGGAGGAUACAGAAGAAGAGUAUGACCCCUUAACAGAGAGGGCACAGAUCUUGGAGCCGUAUCCUAAAUGCCUCCUAAGUUUACAGGAGGAUGUAGGGGCUUUUGGGGAGGAUGAGGAUGGAGAAAUGGGAGAACGGAGGAGUGUUACCGAGCGCAGCAUGAGCAGAGCAUCGAUUGCGUCAUCAACAACAACAACAGACCAACAGACACCUCAGAGGGAACGACGCUUCAGCAAGGAUAGCAACCGAUCUUUGUACCUCUCUGACGGCGACGAGGGCUCAGGGAGUGACGGAGGCCGCAUUCCCAGAGGAAGCGUCAUCCGAAGCACUUUCUACAACAGCUCUCAACAGCUUUCCCCUCUGUCUGCGAGACACAUGACUUUGAGGGACAAAUUCCAGGCGAAAAAGCAGGAAAGAGGCCGUAAGCCUCUCAGGAGGAGCUUCUCGGGGCGGCUCAAUGAGCCUCUGAUUGAAUACGUGGAGGAUGAACCCGAGAGCAACCGUGGGCAGAGACGAGGAUCCGUACAGCCCAGCAUGCAGAAGUCCUCUUCGUUUGAUGAUGGGGUGGGCUUCUCCCACACCAACGUACCGCCACACAGACGGAGCAGGUCUCUUGACGAGUAUUCCCGUCGAUCUCCCAGCUCAGCCAGCCAUGAAAGCGCACACGAAGAAGAGGCCUCUCACAGCACGAAGGAAGAAAUCACAUAUGGUGAAGCAGCUGGGAGAAACUCACUAAUUUUCCAGAAAGCUCCGAAGGUCUCAGGACGAAGAGGCUCAGUCGCUCUGACACAAGGGGUAUUUAGUGGAUCAUCUCUUCCAUCUGAGUUCCUUGCUGGAGGCAGAAUGAGAUCCAGGCUGGGUCAGGACCAGACUGAGGGAGACACGCUGACCAGCUCCCAGGGGUCUCUGGCAGAGUCUUUCAUUCUGGAGCAUGGUGGAUCUGAGUCUUCAAGUAGAAUAGGCUCCUUUGAUGAGCUCAGUCAUGGUCAUGUCGGAAGGAGAUACCGAUCAGGAGGGAGUGAUGAAAAUGAUGAACACAGUGAACCCCUGAUUACACCCUCCCCUACCCCAUUUCAGGAAAUAAAACCUCGAAGUUCCCGUCCUCAGCCUCCACCACGUAAUCGGACCCGGUCCAAUCCUAACUUGUCUACAAUUAGCAAAGGUCAGCCAGAGAGGCCCUCAAUGCCGAGUCCCAGUCCAAGCCUCUGCUCUCUAGGAACUCCUGAGAGGCCUCCCAGAGCCCGGGACAAGAAAGAGGGCGCCAUGCUCCAAAGGCAUGCAUCUGCUCCGGCUCUGGAAGCGCGCCCACCGACUGGAAAGUCCCCCAAACUGGGUCUCCUGAGGAUCUUCCGAAGGCAGUCCUGGACCGGCCACUCAUACACCCAGCUGGAGAGUACGGAGCUGGGGCCCACACUGGGAGAGAUCAUGAAGCCCGACACGCCCACUAUGUCUCUGAGGAAGAAGAUGAGAGCUUCAGCCUCCAGUCUGACCAAACUGUUUUCCAGGUCCUCCAGUAAGGAAAAUGUCAGUAAAGGAGGGCCAAUAGUAAAAGGAUCCACUGCCAUCCCAGCUGAGAGGGAACAGAGCAGUGGUCUCGAGACCCCCAAAAAGAGAAACUCAAAGCUCCUCUCAUCUUUUAAAAUACCACCAUUCAAAAAGAUAAAAGUUCGUCCCAGCAAAGCAGAGGUGCUCCAGCUAGACGGAGGCGGAGUCCUGCUGGUGUGGAGGCCUGUCCAGUCCGAUGACCCGGCCACUUACUGUGUGCAGUACUGUUCAGAAGGUGGCGAGUGGACAGUCCUGUCAGAUGAGGUGGCAGACAGCUGCUACGUAGUGAAGGAUUUACCGAAAGGGGCGUCGUAUGUGUUCAGGGUGGGCUGCGUCACCAGGACAGGAGCAGGACCUUUCAGUGAAGCUUCAGCUCCCAUUGUCAUGUCCACUCAUCCUGAAGAUAUCCGCAUUCCUCUCAUUCAGACUGACUCAAUCGGGUCAAAAGUACCUGGAUCAGAACAUCAAACCGUAAACAGGAACUACAGCUUCCUGUCUGAGAUCAACAGGGGUCGUUUCAGUGUCAUAAACCUGUGCAGGGAUGUGGAAACCAGUCAGGUAUUCGCCGCUAAGAUCACUCCCUACCAGGCCGAGCAAAGGCAGCUGGUGCUGCGGGAGUACCAGCUGCUCAGGAGGCUGCAUCACCCCCACCUGGUUCAGCUGUACGCUGCUUUCAUCACCCCUCUGUAUGUGCUGCUGGUGGAGGAGCUGUGUCCCGGCAAGGAGCUGCUGCACAGUCUGGCUGCAAGAGACCUGUAUGCAGAGAGUAAUGUGGCCGAGCUGCUCCAUCAGAUUGUCAGCGCAGCGGACUACCUCCACAGCCGCCGGGUCAUCCACCUGGACCUGAAGUCUGACAACAUGCUGGUGGACGAUGGCAACCACCUGAAGAUCAUCGACUUCGGCUCAGCUCAGUCCUUCGUACCCGGACAGCCUCUCAACAUCGAGCACAUUCACGGCUUCGCAGACAGCAAAGACUGCUGCAGAAAAGCUCCAGAAAUCCUGGAGGGUCAGGGUGUGGGGCCGGAGACUGACAUCUGGGCCGUUGGAGUCCUGUCCUUUAUCAUGCUGAGCGCCGACAGUCCCUUUUAUGCCGAACACAGCUGGGAGCAAGACAAAAACAUUAAGAAAGGGAAGAUCCAGUUUGGCCGCUGUUACCCUGGUCUGUCAGAAGGAGCUUUAAACUUCAUGAAGAACAGCCUGAAUAAUAAAUCCUGGGGGAGACCAACGGCGGCCGAGUGUCUCCAGAACCCGUGGCUUCGCGCCCAUCGGGCCCCACACAAAGUCCGACCCUCCAAAGUGUGCUUCUCCACUGACAAGCUCAGAGCUUUCCUCAAGCAGAAAGAAGAGAAACGAGAUCAGGUGUGCACAAAACAUCAGGGGCCGUUCUUCCAGUGAGGUAAAACAAAACACGCAAACGCAAAACCUCUUCAUCGUUGUGAACAA